AUGAAUAACAAUGAAUUUAGUGGAAAUUUUAAAAGAAAAAUUAUUAAUCAAUAUACGCAAGCUUGCAGUACAGUCAGCGCGAUGAAUGUCGAUGAUAUAGAUUAUAAUAGCGAACUCCAUCAGAUGGAAAGAAAGAUUGAGCAUUACAAAUUGAAAUUGCGCGAUUCUCGUGAAAAGUAUGAAAAUAUGGAAACAAAAAUUUGCAAUGUGAGGCAAUUACAAAGUAAAGCGUUAUUCGUAUUAAAUAACGUACAACCGAUGGAAGAGGAUCUUCACGAGCGUUUAAAAAAUAUACAUUUAAAUUAUGAGACGUGUACGGAAAAAUUGGGUGGUUACGAAGAUUUGGAAGAGACAGUUCGCGCAAAGAUAAACGAAUUGACGAUACAGAGAGACGCACUGAUGAAAGAGUUAGCGCAAUUAAAGAAAAACGCCGACGAUAACAAUAAAAAGCUUAUCCGCGUAAAGGCUAUGAUUAUGGAACAAGAAGAAAAGAACGCGAUAUUGCUUCAAGAUUUAAAGGAAAAAUCCGAAAACGGUGUAUCUAUUUCACCGAAUAUAAAAAAACGAAUAAAUAUUGUUUUAGAAGAUACAUUGGAAAAUAAAUCGAAGCGACGAUUUAUAAUAUAAUAGAGCA